UGGGUUGUGGGUAAUACGUCAGUCAGCAGCCAUAUCUGUUUUCCUGUACUGGUUGAAGGAGAAAGUCUGAAGCCAUGAGAGGAAUACGCUCUCUUAACAUCCUCCCCAAACGUUGCUAUGCCGCAGCCAGGAGGAGCGAAGCUCUGACUGAACCCCUCGCAGGCCGCGCGUCGACAUCAUCGGCACCUCUCUCUCCCCAAGAUGUCCAGGUGUCCAAGCUUCCAAUGGGUCUGGUGGUUGCAUCGCUGGAGAACAAUUCUCCCCUGUCCAGCGUCGGCGUGUUCGUAAAAGCCGGGAGCCGAUACGAGACAGUGGAAAAUCAGGGUGUCUCUCAUGUGCUGCGUCUGGCAGCAAACCUGACUACUCGGGGUGCGUCUGCCUUCAAGAUCUGUCGCGGUGUAGAAGCACUGGGGGGCAGCCUGAGCGUGACAACAUCAAGGGAGACCACCGUCUACACGGCAGACUGCCUGAGAGAUCACCUAGAUUCAUUAUUUGAGUUUUUGGUCAACGUGACUGCAGCUCAGGACUUCCGGCCAUGGGAGGUGAACGACCUGACGUCCAGGGUGAAGAUCGACAAGGCUCUGGCUCAGCAGUGUCCUCAGAUAGGUUUAAUUGAGAAAUUGCAUGAAGCAGCGUACAAAAACGCCCUGUCCAACUCUCUUUACUGCCCAGACCACAUGGUCGGUCGUGUCUCCUCCACACAGCUGCACUCAUUUGUGGAGGACAAUUUCACCAGUGGCAGAAUGGCUCUUGUGGGACUUGGUGUGAAGCACUCCGUCUUGAGGCAGUUGGGGGAGGGGCUCCUGAGUGUCCGCAGUGGGGCUGGAGGGCCUGUAGCUAAGGCUGUGUACCGUGGAGGGGAGCUGCGUGUGCAAAACAAUGACGACCUGGUGCACGCACUCAUAACCAGUGAGGGUGGUGUGACUGGCAGCGCGGAGGCUAAUGUCUUCAGCGUGCUGCAAAGGAUCUUGGGAGCUGGGCCACAUGUAAAGAGGGGCUCAAACAGCACCAGCAAACUGAGCCAGGGUAUUGCCAAAGCUACCACACAGCCCUUUGAUGCCACAGCCUUCAACGCCUCAUACUCUGACUCCGGCUUGUUCGGCGUCUACACCAUUGCACAAGCUGGCUCCGCAGGAGAGGUGAUCAAAGCUGCCGUUGCUCAAGUGAGAGGCGUGGCUGAGGGAAAUGUAUCGGAGGCGGACCUCACCAGAGCAAAGAACCAGGUGAAAUCAGAGUACCUGAUGUCAUUAGAAAGCUCUGACAGUCUGCUGGAGGAGAUCGGAGCUCAGGCUCUGAACACCGCAGCGUACCAGCUCCCUGAAGCUGUUCUCCAGGCUGUAGAUGCCGUUACCCAUGACGAUGUGAUCAUGGCUGCAAAAUCAUUUGUUGAUGGCAAGAAGACCAUGGCUGCUAGUGGACAACUGGCGAAUGCACCAUUUGUGGAUGAAGUAUGAAGAUAAAGUCGAAGAACAGAUGAUUUUGAACUUGGUCAUGCUGUGCCUGGCUGCUUGCAGAGGAAAGAUACCGCAAAGCCAGUUUCCUGCAACUAUUCAUUUGAUGUCACCAAUCAUUUGUAGUCUGUCCUGUAAGCACCAACGGAGAGCCAGGCGAUCAUAAUGCAAUUUCUCUUUUGUUUUGUUUUUGUAAAUUUAACUGUAUAUCUAUGUAAAUUAAAGACCAUAAUAACU